AGACGACUUAGAAUUAAACCGCGCUGGGAAGUGGCCCAGAUUACUGAGACUUUACAGAAUCAACUCCUAAACCGAUAUCCUGUACGGACGCUAAGCGCUUAAGACUUUUUAAUACUUCCUAGGGAUUUUCUUGAAAACCGCCGAGUUUUGCGAUUGACGCUGAUUUGUAAGAUCAUAAGUACCCUUCAGACGACGAUCGUUUUUUUCUAAACGAAUAAAAAGAUAAUUUCGCAGUUUACUUUAUUCAAGUGUGGUGUAGUGUAUAUUCAGACUGUGAUAGACUUGUGUGAUUUUUUUCGUGCUCAUCAAAUUCCUGUACACGACUACGAAAUAUUUAAGCCAAAGAAUUAUGAAAUUACAAUCAACAAACUGAAUACAGUCAAUAAAAUCUCUAUAACUUAAUCAACCAUACAAUGGAACGUUUAGAAUCCUUACAAGACCCGUCGUUGUGUCUUCAAGACCUCGUGACUGGUGUAACUACGUCUUCAGCCAAUUCAGACAUACACGGUCAUCAUCCUUUACACGACACCACCGUUUCCGUGAGCUCGGCUAUUUCCGGAAUAAUGAGCUGUACAUCAUCGUCAGUUCUCGGUCAUCACGUGACCUCUCAUGAAUCGCCGCAUCAUCCCGGAGUGGUACCUCAUACGCCAUCACUGCAUCACGAACCUCUGGAGAAGUUGAAACUUUGGGCUGAAACCGGAGAUUUCCGAGAUGCUCACAAUGGAAUGUCGGGAUCGACAAUGGACCAUCCACAACUGCCUUUUGCCGCUGCUGUCAGAACUAGAACAAGGGAACGAAAAGCUAGCAGAUCUUUAUCGGAUACGAUAAAGACAGAAACGGGCGUAGGCGUGGAAUCUUCUGAAGCUGAUGAUGGCAAAAACGAUAAAAAGAAUAAAAGACAAAGGCGACAAAGGACGCAUUUUACCAGUCAACAAUUGCAAGAACUGGAAGCAACUUUUGCAAGAAAUAGAUACCCCGAUAUGAGUACUAGAGAAGAGAUAGCUAUGUGGACAAAUCUUACUGAAGCUCGCGUUAGGGUAUGGUUCAAAAACCGUCGAGCAAAAUGGAGAAAACGUGAGAGAAACGCAAUGAAUGCCAUGAACGCAGCUGCGGAAUUCAAAACUGGUUUCGGUACUCAAUUCAACGGUCUUAUGCCAACAAUAAGCGACGAUAGCUUCUACUCCUACUCCACAUACAACAAUUGGGCAACUAAAGUACCGAGUCCUUUAGGAACUAAACCACCAUUUUGGCCGGUAGUUCCUACGAAUCAUCACCAAAGCCCUGUGAAUUGUUUUAACGCUGCAUCUUCCGUAACAGGAGCAACAAUGAGUGGCGCGGUCAGUAGCAUGCUUCCAGGCGCCAUGGGCACGGUGAUGACAUCAACGACUCCCGGAGCUGUGUCGGCGCAACCCUGUCCUUACACUACUCCCGCAAAUCCUUAUUCUAUGUAUCAUCACAGAAGUGCAGCUGAACCUUGCACAGCUAUGUCAUCUAGUAUAGCUUCGUUAAGACUAAAAGCUAAGCAACAUACUGGAUUUGUGGGGUAUUCUAGUGUAAGUCCUGUUCGAUCAUCGUCGACAGGUUUAUCUGCUUGUCAGUAUGCAGGUAGUGGGAUAGGUGUAGGGGAGAGGCAUGGCUGAGAGCAGGAGGUGGCCCUUGUGGCCCAACUCAAGCACGAAGACCAAGACGAUUGAAGUUACAGUGACCUACGGACAUGGUAUUGAAGUUUUUAAUUAUUCUGGACGAUAUAAGCAAUAUUCAAUACAUUAAAAUGAAAAAUUAGCAAAUACGGCACUUGAAAAAUCGUUAUUUGAAAUAUUUUUCGACCAAAUUUAUGAAUUCUAACAUUUGGCUUUACGUUACCAUUUUAGAGGGUGUACCAAAUGCCGGUUCACUCGAAUUUGAAAGUUAUGUUAUCAGUAUUUGCCGAUAUUAACUACUUUAAAUUAACACAGUGAUUGAGACAGAAUCAACUGGUUAAGUGAGACUAUUUUUUCUAAGAUAGGUUCUAUCAAAGUAGCAUAAUACAUAGUCGUCUGAAACGAUUUAUUUUGAUCUGGAAAAUAUAAUCGUGGACUUCAUCUUAGUUUGGAAAGAGCCAUUCCAAAGAAACUUAAUGUUAUGGUAAUCUAAGGUCACGACAGACCAGCGAAAAACAAUAUUAACAAGUUAGAUGCCAGGUAGUACUUGGAAAGCUUAAAAAGCCAAUACAAGUUGAUGCAUACAAAUAUAACAAAUAAAAAAAAAGUAUCACGGUUCCGAUUGCAUUUGAUUGAAGUUCAGAAUGUUUAGAAGGUGUAAAAAUUUCAAGCUCAUUCCCGUUUUUUCGGAAAUAUUUAUUAUGAAAUAAGAAAAAUUAAAGGGUCACCGGAAUUUCGAAGUUUUGAUCAAAUUGUGUAAAUAUGUAAAAACUAUAGUUUGAUGUCAUGUGUAAAACAAUUGAAAUGAGAAAUUUUGAAAUCUUGAAAGACGCAUUCUUAGUUUAAUUUUCAACUUGAGUCUUCCAUAUGAAUAGCCUAACUUGAAAAAAAAUCACAAUUCACAAGUAAAUGAAAUGAAAUUUACAAUAGUACCUUGGAAGGAAUCCAGAGAUGGGUAAUGGAAAACAUUUUUUAUUAUAGUGUUUUAUUCCUUAUUAUGGAACUAUCCACUUAUUUUGGUCAUAUACAUUGAUUUUAAAAUAAAAAUAGUGAUUUUUGGUCAUUAAAAUACAAAUUUAAAUUUUAUUAUGGAAUUUUUCCAUUUUUUCAGAAAUUUUAGUGAACAAUUUCCAUAUUUUUCUUAUUCUAUUUAUUCAAAAGGCCUUUAUUAAUAAUUGAUCUCUUCAGCAAGCUCUUUGAGACCUUGGUAAAACCAUUCUUUGGGCAAAAAAUUGUCGAACUGCAUUUUCAACAUCUUAUUUCGAUUCAAAUUUUUUUCCACGCCAUGGAUCCAUGGAUAAAUAGUAAUCUGAAGGUGCAAGAUCUGCACUAAAUGCUGGAUGUGGUAGGAGCUCAAUAUCUCCAAUUUCUUUUAUCUUAUUCCGCGUAACUUUCGCAGUAUGUGAUUUUAGCAUUGUAUUGCUGCAAAAAACCCGCUUUCAGUUGACUAAACCUGGAUAUUCCUCCGGUAUAAUCUCAUACAUUCACUUUAGCUGUUUACUUCAUACCUCGACAUUGAUAGUUUGAUCAUCUGAAAUGAUUUAGAAGCACAAUAAACCUUCAAAAUUCCACCAGACAACAAUAAGACUUUCCGCUUGAAUCAACCUCUCUUUUUUGUCUUAGUACCGAUUGGCGCCAAAUUAAACGAUCAUCUUUCGACAAGGCAAGGAGCUGUUUAAAUACCUCUAUAUCUUUUUUAUGUAUAAAGUAAGCACAAGAGGGUAAACCCUAUUACAUUCUAGUAGUUCGAGUGAUGCCUGCCGUGUGAAUAUUGAUAUUGAACUUCUGUAGACUAUAGUGUUUGGUAAAGACGUGCCCUGGUAGCUGAUUUCACAAGCUCGCACUUCUCCAAAAAAAGGAUUCCCAAUAAAUUGAAAUUAUGGACGUCUGCAGGCGAAAUCGCUGCUUAUAAGCCACGUCUGCCUGUCCAUUAGUACUCCCAAUACUGCUUUAGGUGGGUUUAUGUUACACAGCUCGGAAGAGUAUCUGCCGUGAUAGUAUCGGUAUUAGCGACAUUUCUUCUAUGCACUAAACUCUCAGCUCUGGUUCACGAAUUGCUCUCUUCUGUAUUGAGUCGAGCAUCUUCAAGGUAUGCUUGUGAGCCAAAUUCCAAAUAUGCGAGCAAUAGUAUAAAGAUAUACGAAUUUAGGCCUUGUAGAGGAUUAGAAGCUGUUGCGGAGUAUAUAGCUUUUUGGUCUUCAAGAGGGGUAAGUUUUUGUGAAGCUGCUUCAGCUAAUCGGUCACAUGACUAUGCUAGGAAAUAUUGCCCUCAACCUCAACAUCCAACAGGACAGGACCAAAUCCGGAGACUCGCAGUGCUAGCUUUCUUCGUAAAAACAGCAGCCUUCGUCUUUGCAGCAAUAAACUCAAUCAGAUUGCUUCCACCCCACUCGAAAUGCUGUCUACGAAUUUGGGUGUUAGCUGAGUUUAUUUGAGCGGCUGAUUUAACUUACGACACCAGUCUGCUACCGUCGGCGUAACUUUAGAUCGGGUUUGAAGUUUUGUCGAGUAGAUCGUUGAUGUACAAAAGAAAGAGAGUAGGUGAAUUCCCGGGGGCACCACCGUUGAGCUCAAACCUUUCUGAGGUGGUCCAUCGAUAGUGAUCCUGAUGGAUCGGUCUUUGAAAAUUAUUUUAGAGUACACUUAACAUUCAUAAUUACACCAACACACAACAAGACUUUCCCCUCUCUUUGCUAUGGGUUCUGAUAAUCGUCCUUUGUCUAACUAUUGAAUUUUCCCGUUUCAUCACAAUACGCCAAUCGGAAGGUUGACGAUCUGUUUACAUACAUCUACUGACAUUUCGCAUGAAUCUCAGUUAAUUCGAUAACUUUUGUAGAUAUUACAUAAUGAUUUUAAAUGGUGACGUAUGGUUGGUAUUCUACCGCUUCCCUUGUAACCACAAUAUUCCACGCAGGUCACCUCUAUUAAAACGAUUAAACCAACGAUGUGUUGUUCGCUCAUUAGCUGUGUCUUUCCCUUCAAUUUUACAUAUUUUCCUUGCUGCCACGGCUUGAACUUUUGAAACUAGUCUUAACAAGUUAAAAAUUGUCGAAUCGAGGCAUAGGCAUUUUCAUAUAUAAAAUUAUCUAUGCGACAACGUCUGUAAUUAGCAUAAUUAUCAGCCAAUUUCAAUUAUUAAAUUUUCUAUUAAAUGUUAGGUUUUGUUACUUUAACCUGGCAAUGACAAUGAGAGCAAAAAUAAUUCCUUUAAUAACUGCCGUUACAUCAAAACUACGCACAAUCCAAUUGUGAGCAUUGAUGGAGAAUAUCAUUUAUUAGUGUUAUUUUGUUAUAAUAAGUUAAUUUUUCUUUGGUUUUCCAUUUGAGGUAAUAAAACUAUCAAGAAACAAAAUAUUAUUAUCCUUUCAAGCUCUUCAGAUCGAUAACCCUGUAGUACUGAAUAUUUCUCGACGCGUUGUAAAGUGUUGGAAAGAGUGAAUAACUCCAAUAGAUAUUUCACGUGUUCAUAAUUCCAAUGUCAUUGUCAAAAUGAAAUCCUCCCCAUUUACUGUGGUUCAGCUAAUAGCAAAGUUUGGAUAAUCUUGGAAAACUGCGUAAGUACAAAAGCAUAUCUAUCAUUAUUGAAAUAUUUGGUGUAAUGAAAAUAUGUGCGCUGAUUAACACUAACAGUUUAUGCUGACACUAUAACAGUUUACAUUGGCAGUGUCAGAACUCAUAAUAAAACUAUGCUUACUGCUCAAACUAACAAUUAUGAUGAAAUAGAUAUUUCCAUGAUGUACCAAUGAGCGGGAUGUUAUAGAAACUGUCAAAUUACACAUCCAAAUGUUGACUUUUACUUUCGAGCUCCGUCGACUAUAAUAUGCGGGUUCAAACUUGCUAUAUGGAAAUGUGUUUAUUAUUAUAUUUCUGGCGAAAUUUUAUUUUAGAUUAAAUUUGGUACACAAUGGAAAAUUGGUAGUUGAGUUGUCAAUCAUCUACAUUUGACACGACACACGAAGGAAAGCAAAAAAUAGUAAUUUCUAGACUACCAUCAUUUUCGAUAUUAUCAAAAAAGUUCUUCUAAAAAAGUUAUUUUGAAUUAGAAACAGUAUUUAGAUUUGAUCUAUGAUUUCGUUUGUAGAAAAUGGUUCCGAUUUUUACUAUAGUUCUCCUACUAGUUCACAUAUUAGGAUUUACGUUCUUGAGUAACUAAUAACUUGACAAUUGCAGAAGAUGCAUAUCGUAAUUUCCUCCUCUAUUCCACAGAAACUACCUAGAAUCUUUGCGUUUCUUUUCCUUACCUACAAUAUGUCCGUCACCUAGUUUGAGAGGUUCGUCUCAUCUAAAAAGAUUGAGCUUGUUUGCAUCCACAUAGCGUUGGAUCCUGUCAAGGGGUCUCAUAAAGAUUAUAUUUUAGGAAGGAAAUCCCUCUACAAAUUGCUAAAAAUGUAUUACUUUUGAUGUUUAGACGUUUUAAAGCUUGAAACAGUAAACAAUAUGCGUUAUAAUAAUAUAGCAAUUAGCAAACUAAAGAUUUGAUGACAACUCUCUUCCAUGGAGAAAACAGAAAAGUCAAGAAAUAUUUAUUAUACUUCAUCCGGAAAAUCUCACAUAAGUAAAUGUAGGACGAAUGUUUUGAAAACACGAGAUCUAUAGACAAUAACAAAAAACAUACUAGAUAAGAAACACUGGACCAUGAAUCACAAAAAAAAAUUUUAUCAGCGGUAACUGAGAAUGAAGAGUAUAUAAAUGAGUAGAUACUCAAUCCUUCAGUUUUUUUUAUAUUGAGUUAUCUUGAGGAAAACGUUUAUGCUUGUAGACCAUUUGAAAAUAUCGAUAUAUUUUUCAAAAUGUUUUCAAAUUUAGAUUUCUGAUCUCAAAUACUAGUUUCCCCAAUUUUUAUUAAGAAUAAAAUUGUUGAUGGAUGGAUGUUAAACCAUUUUCUAUGUAUGGACUUAUUUAUGAAACCCUGUAUAUUUAUUUCCAAUGACUGUAUGUGUAAUGUAACAUUUUAUUUAUUCAGAAAAUGACAUUCAAGGCAUAUCUUUUAUAUAACAUAAAAUUUAAGUAUUAAUAUACGUAGAAAACUACCCUGUUAAUAAAGUAUCAUUUAAUACUGAUCAAUCAUUUUUUAUAGAUUGACGUCGGUAAAGGAUUUUAUUAUGCCGUUAAAAGAUAUCUUCUCAAGAUUACAACAAUUUCUUAUCAACACAAAAAAUUGAUAAUCUAAUCAAAAAUGGAUUAUUUUUAUGUCUUUAUUGUAUUAUUUCUAAGAUAAUUUUCAAUUAAAGACCAAUUUGAAAGUUAUAAAAUACACUACAGAAAAUUUUUUUAAAUGAUCAUUUAUUAGUAAAUUUAGGAAAGCAGAAAUGAAUAGAUAUUUAAAUCUUCAAGUUAAAUACUAUAUAAAAAGCUUCCAUUUUUAUUUAGUAUCAUAUUCUGCCUUAAUUACUACCCUUAUACUAAAUAUCGUGACAAUUAUUGAGAAAUCUAAAUUAUUAAAAACUAAUCUUGGCAAUGACUUGGAUUUUGCCUUGUUGGUAUUUGUGUUCAUGCUGUAAAUAAUAUUUUAGAAAAUUCUCUGAAAACACAGUACACAACAAAAAAUAUGUAAUCAUAUCACAUAAAUGCCAACCCAUCGUACUGUAGAUAGAUAAAAACAUUUUUAUUCAAUAAUUAUAAAUUUAUUUUAUUAUGGUAGAGUUGCUCAAAUAUUUUUUUUAUUUAAGAUAAUGCAAAAAGUUUGAAUGUUUUAUACAUCAAUAAUAAACAAACAAACUCCUUGCACUACCUUGAUCUAGUACAAAUAUAAAAAAUAACCAUUGUUAUUGUGCCAAAUGUUUUCAGAUUUAUCCAAAGACUUUAAUUUGAAUUGUUUAACGCAUUUUGAUUAUUUUUAUAUGCUGCGGUCGAUAUUUAUGAAGUAUAUUAGCACUUUAAUUCGAUUUUAACAUGUGGUUUAUUCAUAGAUUACACUUUCUGAAUAAAAUGCCCCCUUUUCAAGUCCCUGAUAUGUAAAAUAAACAAUAGAGAGAAGAAGUAGCAUGAGUUAACACAUUUACUAAGAAUGGGUUACCCGUGUUAUCCAUUCGCAGUCACCUUGGUUGUCGUAGCCUAUAGAGAAUAUACAGAAUUGGAUUAUCCUUCAGGCAUCGCCGGCUUCAAAGCAAAACUCUUCCACUACGUGAAAUCCUAGGAUUAUCUUCUUUGAGUUAAUAAAAGCUAGACUAAUUCCAAUUUUCCUUCUCAAUUGCACAGAGUCUUGCCUGUCUAUGAUAACGAAAUUCCACGUGCCCUCUAAUCUUGACCAGAUUAUCGGCAAAUUAAUUGCUCCUGAGUCCUUUAUAUUAAGAAUCCAGAAUAGCUCUAUUGCCUAGCUUUCCUAAAUUCGUGGCACAGUAAAUGUGGUAAAAACCAGUUAAGACUUAAGCAAAUAUAUAUUUUACAAUACUUUUUUGGUCGUUUUGCGAAAACUACUCCCGCUUCUCAAUAGCAUGAAAAGUUAGAAAAACAUUAAAAUCACUGGAUCCAGUGCUAGAGAUAUUAGAGGAGUGAAAAGUAAAAAACAUGUCCUGCGGAGAAGAGGAAGGGAAACUUUAUAACUGUUCAUGUACAGACCUCGAAGACCAAAAGCCUUGGUAGCAGAAUGAGGUGAAUUUUACAAAGUUAAGCCAUGGUUUUUCAGUGAAUUUGAUAAGGUGGAGCUUGCGGUUGCUAAAUGGAAGGGAAUUGAAAUUAUUGGUGCAUAUGGUUGGACUAAAUAAAUUGAAACAAUUCUUCAAGUCGUUACGCAUUCACUUUAUUAUUCUGGAGAGGUGAAACCUGAUCAUUUUCGAUUUCUAAUAUUCCCAGUUUAUUAUUCAUAUUUUACAAUAAAUCCCGGCUGUUAAGCUGAAGCUUUGAAGGGGUAGUUAAAAUCUGAAAGAGGAGUAUAUAAUUUUGUUAAGAAAGAGUAAUAUGAUCAGAAAAACAUCAAUAUAAUCAAUAUAUUCAAUGAAGAUGGACCGCACAGUAGAAUGGUCUCAGAAUUAUAAAUAGAUUCCAUAUUGAUGGAUAUAAUCUCAAUUAAGUACCAAUUUUAUGGUUUCAAUUAAAUAUUCGUAGACUUUUUCCUUUGGUGAUAUUAUUGAUUUAUAAAGUUUUUCUUCAGUUUCGUGUUUAUACCUCGUAUUGUUAAAAAUUGAUUUUGUAUCAAGUUCACAUAUUCACGUUAAUAUUUUGAUUUCGUCUACCUUGUUUUCAAAUAUUCUCCUUUCUAAUAAAGACACCUUUUGUUUAAUUUAUUUUUCUUCUAUCCAUACAUUGUAUUACUCCUCAAUAUGUCAAAUACAUCAUGGUCAGCCCCUCCCAUAAUAAAUUUCAGUAUUAUUAUAUCCUUAAUUGAAGUAACAUGAAAUUUGUUCUAAACAGACCAUUCUCCUAACUUACAAAUCAUAUUUUUCGAAAUGUAAAAUGUAAAUAAUCAUUCUGUACGAAUGCAUAAUGGUUUUGUUUCUUUUGUGAUUGUAAGGGGCCCUUUUUGCAGGCUCCAUGUACAAAGGCUGCAAAGUGCAAUGUAAAAUUAUGUCGUAGAUAUGUUGAAUGAAACGAUGAAUGAAUGAAAAAAAAAAUAAAGAAAGUUUGUUAUUUCAUUAUUUAUAUUAUAUAAAAUAGGACAUCUAGAGAUUUCCAAAAAAAAAAUGAAAAUCUAUCGUACCUUUUAUUCGAUUAUACUCUGAAUAUCGUUUGUAAUUGUUCAAAAAUUUUCAACCAUCUAGUCACAAUAAAAAUAUCCAUAUCAAAA